ACUAGUACUUUGAACACUGUUUUAUUUGUAUGUAAUAUAAAGUCUGGCAUUGGUCAGGCAAAACAAUAAUUGAACUUUUAAAUGACAUGUUUAAUUUAAUUGGUUAUCUCUGAACGCAUUAUUUUAUCUUCACGUUUAUUUUGUUAUAGGUUUCCAAUAGGUAUUUUUUAUGUAAUCUGUUGACUUUUGACAUUCACGAUUUCACGAUCGUACGACGUCUCGUGAGUUGAAGUAGACUGUUAUUGUAAAAGUAUCGAAUUGUAUGUAAGAAAUGUGAAUAAACAGUGCAUAUUGCAAGGUUGCAAUAAAUAAGUGCAUCAAAAUGUAUCGUAAAAUAGUGUGGUGUUACGUAUUUGUAUUGACGUUAUUGGAUAUAUCGCUGAACACUAAGCUGACAGCUCAGGGAAAGAGCCAUGGUGUAACAGUACAUGAUUCCCUUAUUGAGGGAAUAACAUUUCAGGAAUGGGGAAAGGAGUCCGGCGCAGAGGGAGGCGGCGCGGGGGCGGGGCGCGGGGGGCGCGCGGUGGCGGCGGGCGCGCUGCAGCUGUCGCCGCCGGCGCUGGACUUCGGGCGCGCCGCGCUGGCCACCGCGCAUGCGCUGACCGUCACGCUCACCAACACCGCCAACACCACCAUGCACCUCGCCUCCGUCGCCGGCACCACGCCCGACUUCCACGCUUCAUUCUUCGAAUCUAAGACGCUGGCGCCGCAGAGCAACACGUCGUUCAGCGUCGUGUACCUCGGGCGGCGCGAGGGACUCGUGGCCGCGCACCUCUACAUACACACCUCGCUGGGCGUGCACAAGUACCCGGUGUCGGCGGUGGGCGUGGCCAGCGAGUGGGGGGUGUGGCCACUGCUGGGGCUGCGCGUGCCGCUCAACGCCACGGUGGAGCCGCUGCUGACCCUGUACAACCCCACGGACAGCGCCGUGCAGGUCAGCGAGGUGUACUCGUCGGCCGCCUGGCUGGGGCUGGAGCUGCCGGGCGGCGCCGCGCACGCGCCGCGCGCCGCCUGGACCGUGGCGCCGCACAGCCAGCGCGCGCUCGUGCGCCUGCGCGUGGCGCCGUCGGCGGGCGCGGGCCCGCUCACGGCGUACGUGCGCGUGCGCGGCGCCGGGCUGCCGGGCGGCGCGCUGCUGCUGUGCGUGCAGGCGCGCGCGGCGCCGCCCGGCGAGUACGCCAGCCCGCUGCAGCUGCGCCUGCGGCCGCGCGGCUCGCGGGACGCGCUGGACGUGCUGGAGCUGCAGGCCGCCAACAGCGCGCCCGCCGCCGUGCGCCUGCAGGCCGCGCUGUGGGCGCCGCGCUGCGCCUCGCAGCCCAUCGACCCGCCGCCGCCGCCCGACCCGCCCGCGGCGGCCGCCUCGCCCGCGCCGCCCGCCGCCAACGGACAGAGUGACAAGGGCACCGCCAACGGUAACGGCGCGAAGUCCCCGGGCGUGCAGCUGUCGCUGCUGCAGCCGCAGCUGGAGCCGCACCAGGCGCUGACCCCCGUGGCGCAGCUGACGCUGGACUACGCGGCGCUGUGGGCGGAGCACGCGGCGGGGGGCGCGGCGGGCGGGGAGGGCGCGUGGUGCGCGGGCUGGGUGCGGCUGGGCCGCGCCGCGGUGCCGUACAGCGUGCGCCUGCUGCCCGGCACGCUGCGCCGCGCGCCGCACCAGCUGCACUUCGUGACUGCUAACCGAGAGGACGCGCUGCGCCAGCGCGAGGUGCGCGUGCGCAACGAGUUCCCCGUCGGCGUGCACGUGACGCGCUUGGAGCUGGCGCCCUCGGCCGCGCGGUACUGGGAGCUAGAGUCGCUGGCGCCCCUGGAGCUGGCGCCGGGCGCGGACGCGCUGCUGGCGCGCGUGCGGCUGCGCGCGGCGGCGCUGGCGCCCGGGGCGCCCGAGUCGCUGGCGGAGCGCCUGCAGCUGGCCAGCAACGUCACGGACUACGAGCUGCCGCUGCUGCUGUACAGCGGCCGCCUGCGACUCGAGUGGGAGUGGCCCAACUCGGAGGACGGGUCGCUGCGGCUGGGCGCCGUGGGCACGUCGUCCACGCGGCGCGUGGCGCUGCGCCUGCACAACCCCGCGCCCGCCGCGCUGUGCCUGGAGCCCGCGCUGCAGCUGGCCGGCGCCUCGCUGGCGCUGGACGCCUGCGCCGGCACCCGCGCGCCGCCCGGCCACGCCUGCCGCUGCCUGGCGCCCGGCGCCGCGGCGCGCGCCACGCUCAGCGUCGUGGCGCCGGCGCGCGAGGGCGCUGCGCGGCGCGCUGCUGCUGUGGGCGGCGGCGCCGGCCGCGGGGCCGCGCGCGCGCUCACCCGCGCCGCGCUGGAGCUCAGCGCGCACGAGGGCCGCGUGGCCGCGCUGCCGCUGGCCGUGCUGCGCGCGGCGCCCUACGCGCCGGCGCGCGCCGUGCUGCAGCUGGACGUCAGCAUGGCGCUGCGCAUGCGCGUGCUGGCCGUGUCGCUGCCGCCGCGCGAGGCGCUGCAGUGGGUGGGGCGCCAGCCGGCGCCGGAGCUGGGCGCCGGCCGGCACGCGGUGGGGGAAGUAGUGUACGCGCCGGAGACGCUGUGCGCGCCGCACUGCUACACGGGGCUCGACGUCACCAGCGACGAGGGCGCGGCGUGGCUGCAGCGCGCGGAUGAGAUAGCGGAGGCCGACGACGGGCCCGACGACGCCGACCCGUGCGGCGCCGCGCUGCGGGCCGACGCCGCGCUGCUGGCGGCGCGCCGCGCGCUGUUCGCGGGCGCCGCGCCGCGCAACGUGACGCUGCACGUGCACACGUCGCAGGCCGUGCAGCUGCCGGCGCGCGCCACGCUGGCGCCGCACUGGCCGCGCCUGGCGCCGGCGCGCGCGCAGGCCGGGCUGGCGGCCGUGGGCGGCGCGCUGCCGUUCUCGCUGCGCCUGCGCAACCCGUCGGCCACGCACGCCGUGCUGCUGCAGCCCGUGCUGCACGGCGCGGCGCUGGGCGCGGACGAGGCGGCCUGCGCCGACUGCGUGUGGGCGCGCCGCGCCUUCUCGCUGCAGGACUGGCGCGGGGCGCGCGCGCUGCGCGGGGGCGCGGGGGCGCGGCGCGGGCGGCGCGCGCUGCCGCUGCUGCUGCUGGCGGCGGGCGCGGAGAUGGAGCUGCGGCUGAGCCUGGCGCCGGGGGAGGCGGCGGCGCUGGCCAGCUACCUGUACGUGCGCAACAACCUGACCGUGCUGGAGCCCGUGCUGCUGACGGGCCGCGGCGCCUACCCCCGGUUCGAGCUGGCGGGGCGCCGCCCCGGCUCCGGAGCGCCGCUGCUGUUCGAGGUGAGCUCGUGCGGCGGCACCGUGCGGCGCACCGUGCUGGCCCGCAACACCGGGCCCGUGCCGCUGCGCCUGCGGGACUGGCGCCUCGCCGGCCAGCCCUGCCAGGCGCGCGGCUUCCGCCUGUCGCCCUGCGCCGCGCUGGCGCUGGCGCCCAACGAGAGCCGCCCGCUCACCCUCGCCUUCAGCCCCGACUACACGCUGGCGCGCGCCGCCGCAGACCUCACGGCGCGCACCGACACCGCGCGCGCCGCCUUCCUGCUGCAGGCCUCCGCCCCCGCGCGCCUGCUGCCGCGCUGCGCCGCCGCCGCGCCGCGCCCGCCCUGGGAGCCCGCCGCGCGCGCCGCCGCCGCGCUACUGGCGCUGGCCGCGCUGGCGCUCGUCCUGGCCGCCGCCGCGCUCGACGCGGAGCGCGAACUGCGCCGUGCGCGCGCCCAGCGCCCGCCGCCCGCGCCCCGCGCGCCCCUCGACCUGCGCGCACUCGUGCACGAGCCGCCCCCGCCCGCGCCGCGCCGCCCCGCGCCCCGCCGCCGCCGCCCGCCGCGCCGCGACGCGCCAGACCCGCGCGCCGAGCGCCGCGCCUUCGAGCGCUGGCGCGCCGACGUGCUAGGCCGGCCAGACGACGACGACGAGCGCUCGAGCGAGGACGCCGACCGGGACAAGGCGCACGUCGACACCGACCCGCUCUUGGAUACUGACAAACCGGAACCUCACGAUCGCCCCCGCCCCGGAGCCGACGGCUACGAAGCCGAUCCCGAAACGGAAGAUCGUCCGCAAGGAAGCGGAGGAAGCGGAGACGACGACGCGGUAUCCACCGGCUCCGGGUCCGCAUCAGCAUCGUCGUCGUCUCCGACCGUCGACGACCGCGACGAAGCCGAAGAAGGAGACGAACCCGAAACUUUACCCACUCACGACAGAAGCACGGCCGCCGGCGACGACUCCCCUCCCAGUGGCACGCCGCGGGCCCACUCGCACCCCGGCGGGGAGGGCCCGGCCGGCGCGCCCAGCCGCGUGCCGGCACUGCGCGUGCGCGUGCGGGCCGGCUCCGGCUCGCCCGCGCGCGAGGCACGACGCGGCGCCACGGCGCGGCACCCAGCGCGCAAGGACAAGGCCGCCAAGCGCGCUCGCUCGCGGCCCGCGUCCCCGCCGCGCAGCCCGGCGCCGCGGCCGCCGGCGCCCGCGGCGCUGCGGUGGGGCGCGUCGUGGAGCUCGGUGGUGGCGCGCGCGCCGGCGCCGGCGCCGCUGGCGCCCAUCGGCGAGCACGUGCGGCGGCGCGAGCCGGAGCCGCGGGCGCUGGCGGGGGGCGACCACUCCCUGUUCUACUUCAACGGCGACACCCCGCAGGCGCUGGCUUGCCACGACUCCGACUUCACCUGGCGCCCGCCGCCUCCACUAGAGCGCCCCAGUUUCUCGCCCACACACGAUUUUCUCGGCCCGGUGGCGGACGAGGCGAGCUCCGUGGGCCCGGUGGGCCCCGUGGGGUCGGGCGUGGGGCGCUCGCUGAGCUCGGUGUGGGGCGCGGGCGCGGCGCUGGAGCCGCGGCGCGACGGGCCGGCGGCCGCGGCGUGGCUGUGGGGCGGCUACGGCGAGCCCGCCGUGCGCCCGCCGCCCGGCUUCGGCGCGCCGCCGCGGCCCGUGCGGCCCUACGACCCCUUCCGCUCGCUGGCCUCCAUCUGGGCGCCGGGCGCGCUGGACUGGCGCCCCGACCCCGAGCCGCCCGAGCCGGAGCAGUAGCCGGCGCCCUAGUCACGCCCGCGCCGGCGCCGCUCGCACUCUCUCGUCUGCUCGAUUGUCUGUUCAAGACUGAAUUAAACUUACACUAUCUCAAAUGAUGAUCAA